CAAUAACACAACACAACACAACAGCCUCUAUACAAUAUCCUAGUAAUGGUGUACGUUCUCGCGGUCAAACCGCGGUUUUUGUACGUCACUGCAAAACAACUUCAACGGAUGGCUUAUAACAAACAUCACAUUGCCAACUUUGCCCGGAACUUCCUGACCCACCAAAUCCCCCAUAACGUGAAACGAAUCACCACCAGCAGCAGCAGCAGCAGAGAUUACAAGAAGAAAGUGGCCUUGGUUUCUGGUGUGAUUAUAAUUGGCUCAUUCAUCAGUUUCAGUCACUCUGAUUAUUACAAUUUGGAUACCAUACCUACUGUUGCUAAGCCAAUUGAAAAGAAUAGUACGCCCGAUGGCAAGAGAAUGUUCUCUACAUCCACCAGUUCACUCUUGCAGAAUCCAACUUCGAAGCAAGGGAUCUAUUUACUCACUGAAGACCAAGUGCUGGAAAAGCUUCGUCAGUUUGAAGAGUCAUAUCUAGUCAAUCGCGGUCGGGGAGUUACCCGGUACGAUAUUUGCCAACUAGCCCUGAACUCGCCCAUUGAAGAUGACAGAGCUGAGGAAAUUGUUCAAGUGCAGUUGUUGCAGGAUAAUAACAUUCGUGCCAGUACUGACUGGAUGUUUUUCGGGGUGUUUGACGGACAUGGUGGCUGGACCACGUCUAGCAAAUUACGAGAUAAAUUGAUUGGAUAUGUUAUUCAUGAAUUAGGAACGAUAUUCAAGAGUGUCAAAAGUGGGGACACCGAAGAAGAAGUCAGAUUAAUCCCAAAUAGUGCUACCAUUGACCAGGCAAUCAAGAAUGGAUUCCUUAAACUCGAUCACGAAUUGGUUAAUGAAAACAUUGCCAAACUUUUAAAUGAAAACAACAAAGCCAAAGCCGCCGAACUACUCAUGCCGGCUCUUUCUGGAUCAUGUGCCUUGGUUCUGUUUUACGAUACCCAUCUGAAGAUUUUAAAAGUGGCGGUCACGGGUGACUCGCGGGCCAUAUUGGGGCUGUUUCGCGAUAAUCAAUGGACAGUACGGCAAUUAUCUAUAGAUCAGACUGGUUCAAAUCCUACCGAAGUUGCCCGGAUCAUCAGUGAGCACCCCGAUGAACCUAAAGUUAUCAAGAAUGGAAGAGUGUUGGGCAGUCUAGAACCAACGAGAGCAUUUGGGGAUUGUAGAUAUAAAUUACCGGGACUGAUUCAGGAAAAGAUAUACAAGCAAUUCUUUGGCAAGAAAUUACCCAAUUUCUUGACGUCACCUCCUUAUGUCACUGCUGAGCCGGUUAUCACUUCGACCAAGGUUGAUCCUGAUAACAAUGAUUUCUUGGUUAUGGCCAGUGAUGGGCUUUACGAAAUGCUCACCAAUGAAGAGAUUGUCGGAUUAGUUGUGAAGUGGAUGGAAAAAGAAAAGAUGAUUAAGCCACAGACUUCGAUUUGGGAUAUAUUUGGCACGAACGAGAAUAAGCUCCCACAGGUGGCUGACAUCACCAACGAUAAGUCCCUGAAGAAACCACCGCAGGGGAGAAGAUUCAAUAGUAGUGGAUUGUUCUUGUUAGAAGACAAGAACGUAUCGACCCAUUUAAUCAGAAAUGCAUUAUCCAAUGGAGGAAGUAAAGAACAAACCAGCAUGCUUAUUUCCAUUCCUAGCCCAGUCAGUAGAAGAUACCGAGAUGAUUUGACUGUGACUGUGGUAUUUUUCGGUAAGGAUCAAAAGGGAGAAGAUGAUAAUGGUCGAUUGGAGGUGAACGUGGAAGCUACUGGAGGAGGAGGAGGAGGAGGUAAUGCCAAACCAAAGUUGUAGUAUUAGGUUUUGUGUAGAUAAAUAUUCAUAUACACAUACAUGGUAGGCAACGCCGUAAAUGACCUCGGGUAAAGAAAUGGCCCCGCACAAAAAAAAAAGCUGAAUUUUCGAUCAGAAGAUUCAAAUCAACCACUUUCUUUAUACCAAAUGUCCGACCAAACUCAGGCUACUACCG